GAACUUCGGGCUGAAAUGGAAGAAAUGCGUGACAGCUAUUUAGAGGAAGAUGUUUACCAGCUGCAGGAGCUCCGGCGAGAGCUGGACCGGGCAAACAAGAACUGCCGCAUUCUGCAAUAUCGUCUCAGGAAAGCAGAACAGAAAAGCUUGAAAGUUGCACAAACAGGCCAUGUGGAUGGAGAGCUCAUUAGGAGCCUGGAACAAGAUUUAAAGGUAGCCAAAGAUGUUUCUGUCAGACUGCACCAUGAGCUGGAGAGUGUGGAGGAGAAACGAGUUAAAGCAGAAGAUGAAAAUGAAGUCCUUCGUCAGCAAAUCAUUGAGGUGGAAGUAUCCAAGCAGACUCUGCAAAAUGAGCUGGACAAGUUAAAAGAGAGUUCCCUGAAGAGGAGAGGCAGCAGAGAGAUCCACAAAGAAAAAAAGACAUUUACCCAGGAGGACAGUGCUGAUUUGAAGUGCCAGCUCCAGUUUGCCAAAGAGGAGGCAGCGCUGAUGCGUAAGAAGAUGGCCAAACUGGGGAGGGAGAAGGACGAACUGGAGCAGGAGCUCCAGAAAUACAAAUCCAUCUAUGGAGAUGUGGACAGUCCUCUGCCUACUGGGGAAGCAGGGGGCCCACCCAGCACCAGGGAGGCUGAGCUGAAGCUUCGUUUGAAGCUGGUGGAGGAGGAAGCCAACAUACUGGGCAGAAAAAUAGUGGAACUGGAGGUGGAGAACAGGGGGAUUAAAGCUGAGAUGGAGGAUAUGAGGUGCCAGUACGAAAAAGAGUGUCUCAGCAGGGACCACAUUUCAAGCAUUCCUACCUCACCCUACGGAGACUCUGUGGAGUCGGCCACAGAGCUACGCAGGCACCUGCAGUUUGUGGAAGAGGAAGCAGAGCUGCUGAGGAGGUCAAUCUCUGAAAUUGAGGAUCACAACAAGCAGCUAACAAAUGAGCUGAACAAAUUCAAGUUUGAGCCAGGCCAAGAGCCAGGUUGGUUGGAUGAUGCAGCAUCCAAGGGUGGUGGGACCUUGCAAGAGGAGUUGAAGUCGGCCAGGUCACAAAUCAACGAGCUGAGCGGGAAAGUGAUGAAGCUCCAGUAUGAGAACAGGGUCCUGAUGUCCAACGUUCAGCGUUAUGAUCUUGCCUCUCACCUGGGCCUGCGCACUUCCAGCCCCAGGGACAGCGACGCCGACAGUGACGCUGGGAAAAAAGAGAGUGAUAGCGAAGAUGGUCGUCCACCACAGCCAAAGAGAGAGGGGCCCAUUGGGGGCGAGAGCGACUCCGAAGAUAUAUAUGAGAAGACAUCGGGUUUUGGGAGUGGGAAGCCAUCAGAAGUCAGUGACCCAUGCUCCACUGAGCUCAUGAGAGUGAAAGAGGACACUGAGUCAUUAAUUAACAUCAAACGUGAGGCUGAGCGACUCGAAAGGACUGUGGAGCGCCUUAUCACUGAUACAGACAGCUUGAUUUAUGAUGCAAAGGUGCACAUAACCAGCAGCCCAUCCACCGAGCAGGAUUUCAGAAGUGAUGAGGAAAGGGGAGGAGAUAAGCAUGAGCCAGAACUUCUGGACACUGUCAACUCCAGGAUGAAAGCUUUCCGGAAGGAGCUUCAGACCUUCCUGGAAAAAGUUGAUCACAUUGGAGAGGGCCUUAAGGAGCAGAUGGAGGACCUCUCCCCUCUUCCCCAUCUCACAGAGUCUUCCAGUUUCCUAUCCACGAUGACGUCCAUGUCUCGAGACUCUCCCAUUGGUAACCUGGGGAAGGAAUUAAUCACUGACUUCCAGUCCAAACUGAGGGAUCAGAUGGAGUGGCAGCUCAAACAAGACCGUGGAGAGGAGCAAGAGAUUCGCCACCAGCGAGCCACCACCGACCCACACCGCAGAGCUGAUGGAGACAUUAAACUCUACAGGCCAGGAGACAAGGGCUGUUUCAGUCUAGAGCUCAGGGAUUCCCAUGUUUUACCUGUACAGAAUGUAUCGAUACAGGAGCUUCAGGCUCAGCUUGAGCAGGAGACAAGACUUCACCGAGAGGAGCAAGAAAAGUUUACAGAAAGGAUCAUCCAGCUGGAGGAGGAGCAUAUGCAGACCCUGCGGAGAAAAGACUUGGAAGUGCAGAGCUUGACUUUGCAGAACAAACUGGAAGAGAAGACCUGGAGUCAGGAGAAAAAUCUGCUGCAGCAGGAGCUCAGGCAUUUCAAGCAGGACACCUUUCUCCUGUAUGUCAAACUGAAGUGGCUGCUGAAACACUGGCGGCAAGGCAAGCGAAUGGAGGAGGAAGGGGAGGACACAUUAGAGAUCGAGCACCCUGAGGCCCUCCCAGACUUUAGCAUUCAGUCGGAGCAGAGGGCGAACGACGCAGAGCGAGAGGAGGAGGAAGAGGAUGUUGUGUUUGCACUGGCAGAUUUCUCCCAGCAUCCCAACGCUGAGAACACUGAUCAUGGACCACAGCUGCAGACUGCAGAAUUACUGCAGCAGCAGAAGCAGGCAAGCGAGAACCGGAGGCUCCUGAACGCUCUGAAGGGUUUGCUGGAUGAUUUCCGCUCGGAGCUGCGGGACGAGGAGCGGGAGCGCCAGGGGCUCCAGCAGCAGUAUGCCCUGCACAAGGCAGCCUGGGAGGUGGAAAUGACUGAGCUCAAGUGUCGCCUCGAACAGCUGGAAGGGAAGAGGGAGAACACCUCCGGAGAAACAGGUCUCAGUUCAGAUGCAAAGGGAGCUUUUAAAAGGGAAAGAGAGGAGCACAAGAAGCUUCUGGCUGACAGUCACAGUGUGGUGAUGGACCUCCGCUGGCAAAUCCAGCACAGUGAGAAGAACUGGAACCGGGAAAAGGUGGAACUCUUGGACAGGCUUGAUAGGGACCGACAAGAAUGGGACCGUCAAAAGAAGGAGCUGCUCAGGCGGAUAGAGCAGCUUCAGAAAGAAGCAAGCCCACGGAGAGGAGGUGGUUUGAUGUGUGACCAGAACGAGAGCAGCCGUCGGCCGUUCGCACCCCAGGGGAAUCUCCGUGUGCCUCGUUCCAUGGGGUCCAGGUCCUACUCUGACUCUGACACCAUUCAGUUUGACGAGCGGGUGCUGUCCAAGCUGAAGGAGAGUGACCGAUGCAGCGCCACGGAAAACCUCUUUCUGGAAUCACUGUCCCUCGACUCACCAGACGAGCCUGAUGAGCAUCACUCUCGGCAGCUGGAGCGGGACAAGUUCUUGACCGGACUAACAGAAGAGGAAGAAACACACAAAGGAAAUCUUCAAAGGGCAAUGUCCGUUUCUUCCAUGUCCGAAUUUCAGCGCCUGAUGGAUAUUUCUCCAUUUCUACCAGAAAAAAAUUUGCCUUCAUCUGGCAGCAAAGAUGAUAUAACCCCUCCUUUAUCUCCUGAUGAUCUGAAAUACAUCGAGGAGUUCAACAAAAACUGGGAUUACAGUAACACUAGGAACCAUGGUGGGCCAACUGAGAAGCCUGCAGAGGGCUGGGCAGAAAGGACAGAAAUUGGAAAAGCUGGGAAUGAUACUUCUUCAGAUCCGUUCCAGGCAUCCUCAUGGUACCUCACCACCAGUGUCACUAUGACCACCAACACCAUGACCAGCCCAGAGCACUGCCAGAAGCAGCCAAUGAGGAGUCACAGUGUAACUGACAAAAUGGGAGUUCGGGUAUUCCACAGCCCACCAGUUGUCCGUAGGUUUGAUAACUCAGUGAUAGCUGGCAGUGAAGGGAAAAGCCAGGCUGAGCCAGACUUCCUGUUUUCUGUGACCAAAGCUAUGGGGAACGUCACUGAGACAAAAGGUGCUUCCUCAGAUAUGUUUGGAAGGUGGUCUUGUGACCUGGCCAAACAUCAUAAAGAUUUUCUGGAGAACGGUCUUCAUCCCAUUGAACGUCCUAUUUGCACUACUGUGGGUUUUGCCUCACCCUUGCACAGCUUGGAGAUGUCCAAGAACAUGAGUGAUGACAUGAAGGAGGUCGCUUUCUCUGUCCGGAACGCAAUACGCUCCAAUUCCACAGAGCCUCAGUUUAAGGACAUGGCGUGCCAAACCAACGGCGUGAGAACGACAGGGACACAGACCACCCAGACCAUCAGUGUCGGCUUGCAGACAGAAACCCUGCGCAGUAUCACCAGCAGUCCACACAAGUGUCUGACACCAAAGGGGGGGUCCACGCCUGUCUCUUCGCCAUCCAGAAGCCUAAGAAGCAGGCAGGUGACCCCCGUCAUUGAAAAGGUCCAGGCUAAGUUUGAACGCACAUGCUGCUCCCCCAAAUACGGCUCUCCAAAGCUGCAAAGAAAAGUCCUUCCCAAAUCAGACCAGCCGAAUAACCGGACUUUGCCUGGCACACCUCAGAAAGGAUUCAGCGAGUCUGCUUGGGCUCGAUCAACUACCACAAGGGAGAGUCCUGUCCACACCACUAUCAAUGAUGGCCUGUCCAGUUUGUUCAACAUCAUUGAUCAUAGCCCCAUCUUUCAUGAGACCUUCCAAAAAUGCCCCAGAUCUGGCAGCCGGUCCAGGUCAGCAGAACCCAGACCAGAACUGGGCACAUUGCAGGAGCCAUGUACAAAUGCCCGUGGCAGAUCACCCAGUCCUCUCCGGCUGGGGACAGAGACACAAAAGGAAGAAGGAACUGAGGUGACAAGUAUUAGGCAGGACUUAUCUGCUCCUCCAGGGUACACGCUCACAGAAAAUGCUGCCAGGAUCUUGAAUAAGAAACUUUUGGAGCAUGCCUUAAAGGAAGAGAGAAGGCUAUCUUCACACAGCCCACCAAAUCUUAGCAAUGACAACAGCACAGGAGAAAUUGUCAAAGUAGAUCCAGGGUCCAUAGAGAACCAAACUGUCUUAUUAACUGCCCCCUGGGGACUCUAACCCUGCCUGCCUCACUGCUGUAAGUCCUUUCUACCUUGUUUCCAGAGCUUUCCAAAAGCAGUCAUUCUAGAACAUGUGGGUUAACAGAGGGAAAUAAAUGACCACAAGUCCAGAGGUAUUGGCAUGCACCUGAUAUCCCUGUGGGGUCCUUUAUAUGUCACAGCCAGAAAGAGUACAGGAUAGGAGCUCAUCUGCCGUGUCCUGCAGCAGCACAGGCUGUGAAGAGGUCAGAGGUCACACUUAGGGUUUUUUGCUAAGCUUUUAAAAAUUGGCAAAAUUUAAGACUGACACAAAGAUAUGCAAAAAUGCUGGGGAGGGAUUCAGAUUUAUGAUAAACAUUUUUUUCAUUUCUUUUAACUUUUUUUUUUUUUUUGACAAAUGCACGGCACUGUGCAGGGCUUCUGGCUGCCCCAGAGCACCUUCCCUCCAGCUCUGGCUACAGCAGCAGGUGGAAAGGGCUGGGAAGGGAGCUUCAGCACCAGCCUCUGCCUAAAGGCUGAAGUCACCUCUGCUCAUUAAGCAAUUCUGGGUUCAGUUCUGUCCAGUGGCUGUGGUUGCCACAAUAGAGGGAAGACACUGUGAAGACAUAAGCUGUGACCAUCCAUUCUGCCUCAGAGGAAGAGAAAACUGUUUCCUUUCUUUAUUAAUAUAGCCAUAGCCAUGGUGGCUGACAGGCUGUUUUAGGAAAUAGCUAGGAACUGAAGCUGAAAUCAUCUUUCCCAUUUUCAGUGUUCAGGCUAAGAAGUGCUGCCUGUCCACCCACACCCCUGGGCAACUACCAGACUAAAUUACCCACAGGUUAUUUAUUUAAAACAAACAAACAAACAAAAAAAAGAAAAAAACCCAACAUUUCUAGCUAUGACAUCUACAUAAAUUAAGGGAGGAGGGUUUUUCACAAAUCAUUCUGCAGUUUCCUUGUCAUGGCUGGGUUUCCAUCCUGCAGGUGAGGGUGACUGACUCAGCAGCCAGCGCUUUAUAAGAUUAUGUUGCCAGUCACUUUUGGCCCUGGAGCAAUAUCUAUCACCAGCACAGCUUUGUGUGGUGCUGGGCAUGUGUACAUCACAGAUAAGAUGAGCUUAACUCUGCUGUUUGGUAAAAGCUGACCAACAUCUGCAGGCAUGCUGGGGAGAGGCUUUUGAACUGGGAUGCAGCAGUGAAAAUAAAUUUUGUUAUCGCUGUGCUAACUCUGAUUUACUACUCUGAAACUAGAAUAAAGCAGGCAGGAGCAAUCAGCACUAUAAAGAUAUCAUUUUAAGCCUCCUUUUUGAAAGAGGCUAAGACAAAGCCCACAAAUCUCAUAGCCUCAAUUCACUGUGCUGUGCUGCCCAUGACUGUUGCUGCACAGAUGGAUUUCUCUUAACAAAUCUGAGUCUAGUGGCAGCUUUCACAGACCAUAUGCUGCCCCAGGCACAAUGAGAUAAGGUGAAGUAAGGACACGCAGUCAAUCUUUUUAUUAUCACCAAUUUAUACUUCAGCCUUACUUCUGUUUUAGCAAGGGUUGUGAAUUUUAU